CAAAAUGAGGCCAGUUCUAGAAAGGAAAUGUGGCGGUUAGCCAUUUAAAAGCUCAUGUGGUACAGAUGUGCUACAUUCACCAAUGCCUUCCUGUUACAUUACAAAAUACAUUUGGGGGUAUAUCAUUGAGGAACCGGAGGCUAGUUAUUCAGAUUAGAGCCUGUAAUUAUGACUUUCUGGACUACUGGGCUACUUAUGUACUUGCAGAUACUACUAAUAGGAUGUAAUGCACAAUGCAGGGACGAGCUGGGCGAAGAGAGAAGAAUUCACGAAAUUCCUCUGCAAAGGAAACUGUUGCUAUGGUCCCUCCAAGCGAUGUUCUGGGCUCUUGGACUUUUAAUUUACUAUUGUAUCAUCAGGCGCGCAUAGGGUAUGGACACUGUCGACCCUUCGCACCCAUAGCUAAACAGCGAUACUUGGAUCAAUCAAUUGAUUCAAAUAAAAAAUAAACACUGAAGGGGAUAUACGCCAAAGCGAUAAGGACCUUUAACCUGGUCCCAGAAUAUAUAUUUUGUGCCCUUUCAAGUAUAUUUAAAUUUCAAUUUGACCUUGGUAGGCUUUGAGUGCUGAUUCACAGAGAGGACAUCGUGACAACAUGGCACAACAUUGCAGAAAUGAGUGCGUGGGAGACAAUGCAGCAACAACGCACAGCUUGCAAAUGUAAAAUGUAUUAACCGUUUGGCAAAUAAAUUUCCAUUUAAAAUCCCCCAAAAGAUUACUAGAUAGCCUAUUUCCACCAUAUUACACAACGUGAUUGCAAAGCCUUUGGCGCAUCAGCUUCAUAGAGGGAACCACAACUAGCUAAAUAAUGUAGCCUAUAGGACACCUGUUGAGCAGUUUUGAAAUUAUUUGUAAUAUCGAGCUGUGCUAGUUAGUUUGCAACAUUAUUUAUGGGAUUUGAUGGCGGGAUGAGGCAGCACCUGUAGAUUUGGCUACUUUGUUUAAUUAACAUUUUAAACUGCAACACAAAAUCUCAUUAAAUAAUAGGCUACAUGAACUGAAUUUGACCAUUGUUCUUCAUAAUAUAACGUGGAAUUUGUUAAUUUGUUAAAUUAAUGUGUUAACAUGUCAAAACUGCCUACAUUAUAAUCACCAGAGACGACAUAUGGGCACUAUUCACUUUAGCCGAUCCUUAAUUGGUCGUGUUCUUGAGGCAUGGAUAUAGCGUUCCACAACGGGCAUCAUGACGCAAAAAAGAUUUAGCUGCCUCUCCUUUUCCUGCAACACACCAUUCAUUUGAAUCAGGAGCAAGGAUCAUAAAACAUGCUGGACCGGGGGUUCCUGAGGACAGGGCUGAGAAAAUAGAGCUUACUUUGCCCCUCCUCCUAAUUUUGGAAGAACUGGAGGUUCGGCCCCCUGCGCCAGAAUGGGGCGGGGCUUGCCCAAUGAGGUAAUCGGGGUAAACAGUAAAGAUGGCGACGUCUGUAGCCGUAGAAGGGUUUUCAAGUCUAAAUGGGAUUAUUUCUGAAACAGAGAUUAAGAAACUGACAGACCUACCGGCUGAGUUGCUUGAAUAUAUUUUGUGUUUCUCUGUCCUCAAACAUGUCGACAUUUGCAACGUGUCCUGCAGCUGCAAGCGGCUACACGACGUUUGCCAUGGAAGGGGGAAGGUUUGGGAACACCAGUACAAAUUCAGGUGGCCAAGGUUGCAGAAGUACUACCGUCAUAACGAGUGCUGUGACUGGCUGAAGGAAUACAGAACAAGACAUACUGUCGGCUUGCAAAUUCGAAGGACGGUUGUAUCCAUUUCCAAGCGUUUCUUCACCGAAGUCCCGUGCAUUGGCCAGGUGCUGGGGGAUAGCUUCGCUGAGAUCGAGUCCCUCGGCGCACCAGAGCACUUCUGCGUAGACGAGCUGCUCUCCAUCCUGAACACGGACAGGAGUAAAAGCCUGACGUUGAAGUACUAUGCCAAGAAGAUCCUGUACUUUUUGAGACAGCAGACUAUCCUGCGAAGUCUGAAGACCUUCCUGGAGCUGCCGCCUGAACAGCAGUCAGCGCUGGAGGGUGCCGUGUUAGUGGACCAGUACUGCAACCCUCUGGCUGAUGUGUCUCUGGAGAGCAUCUCAGCCCAGCUGGAUGAGAUCAUAGACAAGGUCCAGAAGAUGCUGAAGAUCAAAAACCCUUCCCACCCCAGCCUUAGGGUUGGUCCAGGAAGCUGCUUCUCCGUGGAGGACCCGGAGCUCCAGAGACAGGCCGUGUCGGCCCUCAACUCCGUCCUGUUUGAGCAGCUCCAGUACAAGGGCAACGAGUUUGACUACUACAACCCCCUCAACUCCUACAUCCACCAGGUGAUACUGCGGCGUACGGGGAUUCCCAUCAGUCUCUCUGUGGUGUACCUGACCUUGGCCCAGAGGCUGGGUGUGCACCUGGAGCCGGUCAACUUCCCCAACCACUUCCUGCUCCGCUGGUGCCAGAAACAAGCAGGGAGCGGAGACAUCUACGACUUUGUGUACGUCGACGCCUUUGGGAAGGGCAAGCAGCUGACGGCGAAGGAGUGCGAGUACCUCAUCGGUCACCAGGUGACGGCCGACUACUACAGCGCCAUCAGCACCACAGAGGUCCUGCUGCGCAUGGUGGGGAACCUGCUGAACAUCGGCAAGAGAGGUGAGGGGAAUGAGAAGUCGUACCAACUCCUGAGGGACUCUCUGGACCUCUACCUCAGCAUCAACCCAGACAACGUCCAGUAUCUCCUUCUGCAGGCUCGCCUCUACUUCCAUCUGGGGAUCUGGCCAGAGAAGGUACUGGACAUCCUGCAGCACAUCCAGGCGUUGGACCCGUCCCAGCACGGCGCGGUGGGCUACCUGGUGCAGCACACCCUGGAGCACAUCCAGCACAAGAAGCACCCGGCGGAGCCGGAGGUGAAGCAGCGGGGCGCCCCGGAGCACCUGGACGUCCAGUUCUCCGUCGGCCUCAUCAUGAAGCACAAGAGAUCGGGCUACAAUUGUGUAAUCUAUGGCUGGGACCCCAAGUGCACCAUGAGCCAAGAGUGGAUCACUACCAUGAGGGUAAACCAGCUGCCCAGCGGACCCAACCAGCCCUUCUACAACGUUCUGGUGCAGGACGGGACUUGUCGCUAUGCUGCCCAGGAGAACCUGGAGCCCCACUCGGCCCCUCUGGAGAUCGGACACCCGGAGGUGGGCCGCUACUUCUCCCAGUUCUGCGAGUCCCACUACGUGGCCAACGAGGACCUGCAGACGCGCUACCCAGAGGACACGGCGGAGACCCUGGGCACGGUGGCCCAGCUCUACCACAGACCCAGUCCCGGGCACCACGGUGCUGCCACAGAACCCAACAGCCACCUGGCCAUGCCCGUGUAGCCUGGUCCCUCCCUCCCUCCACACACACGUCCUAUUCAGUCCCAUGACAUCAGUGUCUUGUCCCUUUAACCAUCCGGAAUGCUACAAUACAUGGACGACCACCUGACCCUCGCCUGCCAAAGCCAGUAAAAGCCAUGACCCCUCCCCUCCCCGCCCCCCCCCCUCCCCCUCCUCUAAUCCUACUCCAGACUUCCUGGGGAGUUGACCUGUUUCUUCACUGAAAAAAAGACAAAAAAACAACAUGGAAUACAAAUUUACCGAAUAAUUUCUGUCAGUACGUUCUAAUCAUGAAUUCAUGCACUUACGAAAGUUUAACUUUCACAUUUCUAGUGUUAACUUUUUUUGUGUAUAUUUAAUAGUAAAAUGUGGUAGAGGAUCUAAGGGCUCAUGGAUGGGUCAUGAGCUGUUAAAACAAAAACACACACUAUGACUUGAAACAGGAAUGGAUUAGGAAUUUUUGAAGAAAAAUAAAAUAUUAAAAUGUU